UGAUUACUUUUGUUCCUCAGGAAUUCUCCAAGUGCUGAUCAGGAAGCUCUGUUGGAUUUAUUAUGGAAGUUGUGGCCUCGAUUACCAGCUUACGGGCGUAAAGCUGCUCAAUUUGUGGAUUUACUCGGAUAUUUCUCUCUUAAAAGUCAACAGGACAGUAAGAAGAUGGGUAUAUAUAUGGAGCAGGCUGUGAGUGUUCUUAGAAUGCAAAAUCAACUUUUGGCUCAUCAUCCCAAUGCUAACUUGUAUGGGCACUUAGCUCAGUAUGUUGAAUUGGAUGGAUAUUACCUAGAAAGUGAACCUUGUUUAGUUUGCAACAACCCAGAGGUGCCAAUGUCAAGUAUUAAGCUUUCUUCCAUUAAGAUUGAUUCAAAGUUCACAACUACUACUCAGAUCGUCAAGUUGGUAGGUAGCCAUACAAUUAGCAAAAUAACUCUGCGUAUUGGAGAUUUGAAGAGGACAAAGAUGGUUCGAACCAUCAAUGUAUACUACAACAAUAGAAGUGUACAGGCAGUGGUUGAAUUGAAGAACAAGCCAGCCAUGUGGCAUAGAGCAAAAAAGGCUACUUUGGCAUCUGGUCAAACAGAAGUGAAAAUGGAGUUUCCUUUACCUAUUGUUGCCUGCAACCUUAUGAUUGAAUAUGCUGAUUUCUAUGAAAACAUUCAAGCUUCAUCUGAAACCCUCCAGUGUCCUCGCUGUUCAGCAUCGGUUCCUGCAAACCCAGGGGUCUGUGCUAAUUGUGGGGAGAAUGUAUUUCAAUGCCACAAGUGUCGAGCAAUUAAUUAUGAUGAAAAGGAUCCCUUCCUGUGCCAUGCUUGUGGUUUCUGCAAGUAUGCUAAAUUUGAUUACACUCUCACUGGUAGACCCUGUUGUGCUGUUGAUCCUAUAGAAAGCGAUGAAGAUCGCAAGAAGACAGUGGCUACUAUUAACUCUCUUCUGGAGAAAGCUGACAGGGUUUAUAAGCAACUUAUUGCUAACAAACCAACUCUAGAGCUAUUAUUGUUGAAGAUAAGUGAACAUCGAUUGGAUCGUGCGUUGGAUGAAGGUAUACAAGCUGGUAGUGCUGGUAGCACUCAAGUGAACAGGGCUAUCCAGUUACUAGCCCAGCGUUAUUGUGGAGAAUGCAAAAGUUCCUUUGAAGAACUGAGCAAAAUCAUCCAGCGUGUUUUGGCUUGCCGGCGUGAACUAGUUGCAUACGAUCGUAAUCAGCGAGAUAAUGGUAGUCGUGCUAUCGGAUUAAAUGUGCUGCCUUUAUCUAGCACAAUGACUGACUCUGUUUCUGGAAAUACAUCUUCACCUCCUGGAAUCUCUUCCGUUGGCCGUUGUUUUGGAUGUGCUACCUCUGCAACAGAACACUGUCUCACCCUUUUACGUGCACUGGCUUCCAAUCCAGUAUCUCGACAAGCUCUUUGCAGUCAAGGUCUAAUUGCAGAGUUGUUGGAGAAUAACCUGCGGCGUGGUACAAUGCAGGUCCAAGAAGAAGUGCGCCAACUAUUAUGUCUGUUAACAAGAGAUAAUGCUCCUGCUACUGAAGACUUACGUCAGUUAUUAAUGGAUCGUAUUAGUAUUACUUUGCGAGGCAAUGUAGCAACAUCAGAUCUUGCUUUUGCCGUUCGCCAUGAAAUGGCACUUUUGGCUGCCCUAGUGCAAAAGGAAGAUUCUUGUUGGGAACAGAAGUUACGCUGUGUGAUGCAACUAUUUCUGAUUGCAUGUAAAGAUUCAAGGUCUCCAGUUGUGAUGCAGUCUAUCAUUCUACCAUGUCUUAAAAUACUUCAGUCUCUCAUAAAACCUGACCAACCAAUAUCCAAGAAAAAUAAGGAUAAGACAGUUGACGCCUUGGCAACAAUUCGACCUACAGAAGGUAUAGGUGUAGAAGUAACCAAAUGGCUGCGAGGUGAUCCAAAACAUUCCUAUAAAGCAUGGCGAUCACACAUGCCUCCUCGAAAUUCUGAGAAAGAGACCACAAAAACAAUCAAAAAGGAGGAGGCGCGAGCACUGUACCUAAUGGAGAAAUAUGCGCUUCGAUGGCGCCAGAGCACUUGUGGUAUUGUAAGUUUACAUUUGUCUGAUGCUGCCUGGCUGAAACAGGUGUUGUUUAAUCCUAGCUCAAGGCUUGCGCGACAAGUGGCAUGCAAUAUGUUGGAAAGUUUAUGUUUGGUACCUGUACGUAAACGCGAGGUGCUUGAUUUGUUGACUGGCUUCCUGGGUGAACUGGGAUCUGCAGGAGAGAGUGCUGCGGAAUUCUUGUCUCUGUAUCAAAGUCUAGUUCAGCCUGUCCCUUGGAAACAGUACUUGGCAGUCAGGGGUGUAUUAUUACAUUUAGCUGAAUUAUUGACCCGAGAGAUUGAACAGCUUCACCGUUUGGAAGAUACUACUCUUACAUCAGAUCUUGCUCAAGGUUAUGCACUAAAGAUGCUGACGGAAUUGCUGUCAUCCUUCUUGGAGCAAGACAGCAUCAAGCAACAAUAUAAAGGGCGCCUGGUAGGAGCUGUGCUUAAUGGUUAUUUAUCCUUACGUCGCCUAGUUGUGCAAAGGACAAGACUUAUCGAUGAAACACAGGAGAAAUUACUGGAAUUAUUAGAGGAAAUGACAACAGGCACUGAAGAAGAAACAAAGGCUUUUAUGGCUAUUUGCAUAGAAACUGUUCAGAAAUACAGCCCUCAGGAUGUGCGGACUCCUGUAUUUAUUUUUGAACGUUUGUGCUCAAUUAUUUAUCCCGAGGAAAAUGACAUCGGUGAAUUUUUCCUUACCCUUGAGAAAGAUCCACAACAAGAAGAUUUCUUACAGGGUAGGAUGCUGGGAAAUCCAUACAGCAGUGCUGAGCCAGGUCUCGGACCUUUAAUGCGUAAUGUGAAGAACAAAAUCUGUCAGGAUUGUGAAUUAGUUGCUCUACUGGAAGAUGACAAUGGAAUGGAGUUGCUUGUUAACAACAAAAUUAUCAGCCUUGACUUACCAGUGCGGGAGGUGUACAAGAAGGUGUGGGUUGCAGAGGGUGGAGAAGGUGAUGCAAUGAGAGUGGUUUAUCGUAUGAGAGGACUCCUAGGAGAUGCAACUGAAGAAUUUGUUGAGACUCUAGAUGCUAAAAGUGAACAGGAAGUGAAUAAUGAAGAAGUUUACAAAAUGGCUAAUGUAAUGGCUGAUUGUGGUGGAUUACAGGUAAUGCUAGAUCGCCUAGCUGCCAUUCAGGACACAACUCGAGGACGGCCCCUGUUGCAAGUUCUUCUUAAGCUGUUCCGUCUGUGUGUGAAAGUUCGUCGUAAUCAAGAGGUUUUGACCCAACCUGAACUCAGUGCUAUAUCUGUUUUUCUGGGCAUCUUGCAGUUGUGUUUGGCUGGUGAUACAGAUUCUAGCCAAAGCAGUGUCACCGAGCAGCUUCUUGAUAUUAUGGAAACAGUGUUGUCAAAAGCAGCAUCUCAACCUCUGCAGGCAUUUUUGCGUUUCUCUCAGACUUUUGGUGGCACAGAACAUAUAGAUGCUUUAUUACGUUGUACCACUGCUCCUGGUGUACGAACAAAUGCAUCUGUACUAGUUCACCUAACACGAGUUUUGGCUGCUCUGACUUAUGGCAAUGAAGAGAAAAUGGCUCAACUUUGUGAUCACUUCAAGAAUGUUGUUGAUUUUAACCAGUUUGACUUUGAUCAUACUCCAGAGGAUGAGCAGAAAUUGGAAUUACUGUGUGUACUGACAUCAGGCAUAGAACGAAAUGCUAUUGGAAACACACUCAAAGAUCACAUUAUUUCCCUAGGAAUAGUACAACAAGCAUUGGAAUACAUCACUAUGCACGCACCAUCAGUGAAACCCACUCUGUUACGAACUGACAGUGAUGAUUGGAAGGAAUUCAUCUCAAAGCCUUCCCUUAAAUAUAUUCUUCGUUUUUUGACUGGCCUUGCCACUGAACAUGAGGCAACACAGAUGGCUGUCUCAGCUGACUGCAUUCCAAUUAUUCAUAGACUAGAACAGGUCUCAUCUGAUGAACAUGUAGGUUCUUUGGCAGAAAAUCUCCUUGAGGCACUUCGUGCCCAUCCACAUGUAGCAAGUCGUAUUGAAGAGGUGCGAGAACAAACACGUGCUGAAAAGAAGAGGUUGGCAAUGGCUAUGCGAGAAAAGCAAUUGGGAGCUCUUGGUAUGCGAACAAAUGAGAAAGGCCAGGUUACGGCUAAAAGCACCCUGCUGAUGGAGGAUCUUGGUGAAGAAACAGGGUUGGUGUGUGUGAUUUGCCGUGAAGGUUACAAGUUUCAACCAUCAAAAGUUUUGGGCAUUUACACUUUUACAAAGCGUUGCAAUGUGGAAGAAUUUGAAACUAAACCUCGUAAAACAGUUGGCUAUAGCACGGUCACUCACUUCAAUGUUGUACAUGUGGAUUGUCAUAUGGCAGCAGUUAGAUUAGCUCGUGCUCGUGAUGAAUGGGAAUCAGCAGCGUUGCAGAAUGCAAAUACAAAAUGUAAUGGUUUGUUACCCUUAUGGGGUCCUCAGGUCCCUGAAUCAGCUUUUGCCAGCUGCCUUGCUCGUCACAAUACAUAUCUUCAGGAAUGUACUGGUCACAGAGAUAUAAGCUACUCGUCAACAGUGCAUGAUUUGAAACUUUUGCUGCUGCGCUUUGCCCAGGAGAAGAGUUUUCAUGAUGACACUGGUGGUGGUGGCCCACAGUCCAAUAUGCAUAUUAUCCCCUACCUCAUACACAUGGCAUUGUAUGUCAUUAACACGACAAGAUCAGGGCCUCGAGAAGAAAAAAGUUUGACAGCUCACCUUGAAAAUACUGAAAUGUCCAAAUGGUUAGAAUCUUGUUAUGAUGCUGAAGGACCUUUAUUCUGGUGUGCAUUUUCAUUGUUGUUGCACUCACCUGCACGUUGGGCACGUAAUCGUGUGUGUCAUCUUCGCCGCCUGUUGGUGUUGGCCCAAGCACGCCAUGUCCAGCCAGCAGGACCAGGAGCCACACCUCAUUUAGCUGAUCGUUCAGUGAAGGAAUACUCAGUCUAUAAAAGUUAUUUGCUUUAUUUUGGGCUGAUUGAUGGUAUUUAUUCCAAUUAUUGUAAGAAAGUACCCAGUGCAAGUGAUGAUCAAUGGCCAUCUGCCCUAGCCGAUUACAUUCGUCACAAUGAUGAAGCAUUAAUGAAGGCAUCGGAACGUUUACUGGCUAGCUACAGAGAAGAACUUCUCCCAUGUGCUUCGUUUGAAGAAUUUUGUGAUGUUGUUGGUUUACUAGAAGAGAUCUCUACCCCUGACACCUAUAUUACCGAUGUACUGAAAGGAGUUGUGUAGCAAUCGCAGUUGGCAUCUGAGGCUUUCACCACUAUGCCAGUCUCCUAGUCCCUUUUGCUAUCAACAGUGCCUAGUUGAUUUCCUGCUCAUCGUUGAGGAUGUUUCAUGGUAAGCCUUUCCAUAGAGAGGGAAAUUAUUAUUUGUGGAAAGCUUUGAAUUCACCCAGUUGGACCAACCAUGUUUCCACAGGAUUUGGCUUAGUAAACUAGUUCUUCCCCUGAUGUUAAAUUUCAUAGAUUAUUUGUUGUGUAAUUCAUUGUAUGUUUCAUUUUAUAAUCUUUAUAGUAAUAAAUUGUCUCCCAAAUAAACUGUGGAUGCUGCAAAAUCUGGCUUUAUAUUUACGCUUAUGCUUUACUUUUGUUCGACUUGUAUCUCGUUGCAGAAUUUGAUUUCUGUUGUGCUUGUGAUAACAAAUAAAAUUGUCCAAUGAAAAAUAAAAAAUUAUUUUCUGUAUAAACUGUUAAUGAAUAAAUUGUAAUUAACAGUUGAUAUGUAUAUAUUUUUUUGUUGUACCUUACAAAUUAAAAAUAAAGCUGCCAAUGGGUCAUGUUUAUC